AUGCGGUCGAUUGCACGGCAGUGCGUGUAUUGGCCGAACAUAGAUGAUGAGGUUGCAAAAAUCGUCCGAUCCUGUAACGAAUGUGCCACCGUAGCCAGGUGCGAUCAGGAGACGAAUUUGAAAUCCUGGCCAGCGCUGGAAAAACCAUGGCAGCGGCUGCAUCUCGACUACGCAGGGCCAAUCGAUGGGCAGUAUUAUCUCAUUCUGGUUGAUUCGUACUCGAAAUGGCCAGAAGUCGUGCGCACCAGGGAUAUCACCACAACAGCAACGUUGCGCAUUCUUCGAGGAAUCUUCGCCAGACACGGACAGCCGGAAACGCUGGUUACGGACAACGGGCCUCAGUUAACUAGCGAUCAGUUCGAAACUUUCUGCGAUAGCAACGGUAUCACCCACCUAAAGACAGCCCCUUUUCAUCCGCAGUCAAACGGAUUGGCGGAGAGAUUUGUCGACACGUUUAAAAGGUCCCUCAAAAAGAUCACCGCAGGGGGGAAACUCUGGAUACUGCAAUCGACACCUUUCUUCUCGGCUAACGUUCAACGCCGUGUCGCAAUGCACCCGGUGGGAAAUCUCCCGCAGAACAUAUUUUUGGUAGACCAGUGCGCACAUCGUCAGAGUUAUUACGUCCGCCAACUCCAUCGCAUAAGAUCCAGAAUUCUGGUCAAGAAAAACAGUUCAAUCGGAAGCACGGAACCAAGGAACGGAACUACAACUUGCAAGAUCUGGUCUGGGUCAAAGUUUAUCGGAACAACAAGUGGUGCUGGCAAUCAGGAACAGUGA